AUGGGUGUGUUUGAUAUCUUUGGAAGCAAGCAUGGUUUUGAUCCAACUAGAUUUGAGAAGGAAUUUAGUCAGCUAACUGGAAACAUCAACAAGACCAAGCAACAAUUAACAAGAUUAACCCAACGCAAACUGAGACUAAACGGAAAACUAGAGGCAUUCAUAUCAAUUGGCUAUAUACUCAUCUUCCUGUACUGCUACUUUUCCAUUCCAAAUGAUGUUCAUGCAACGAAUCGUAUACAGCAGUUCAUAAAGGGGCAAACAAAGCAAAAUUUAUACGUGCUUAUUGGGUAUCCAUUGGUUUCCAUAUUGGUCAUCAAAAUUGUAAAUUUUGCUUUCAAUUACCUUAUCAAACGUCAGGAUCUGUACUUGUCCAAAUUGCAAGCUAAACAUAAAGCUAAAAUGGAAGAAUUGAAAAAAAUUACAAACUUUAACGCCACAAAUGAAUUGAUCAACAAGUACGGUGAAAAGAAAUUGCCACAGAAUGUUCCUCAAGUUCAGAAAACCAUUCCUGGCAUGAAAAAUAAAAAGCAAGAUGAUUUGAGAGUUCAAGCGUUGAAGGAAUUGCAUUUGAAUGAUAAACGCCUUACCUCGAAUGAGAACGCAGCGCUUCCAAAUAAGCCGACUGACGCAUCAAAGCAACAACAGCCACAAGCACAAGCUCCACCUCCAUCGAAUUCACGCACAUUUCAAGACCGUUUAUUGGAUUUGUUUGUAGGAUCAGACAAUUCAGAAUCGGUGGAACAGCGAUAUGCUUUGAUUUGCUCGCAUUGUUUUGCGCAUAAUGGGUUGGCUCCUCCUCAUUGUGAAGAUCCGCUGUUGGUUAAGUACCAGUGUUGGAAAUGUGGUGCAUUGAAUGGGAAGGGGAUGUUAUUUGGCCACCCUCAAGAUCAGGAUCAGCAAAAGAUGCCAAUCGCAGGAGAAGAUACGCGUGAGGAGAAUUCAACCAAGCCUGAAGUUGCAAACGCAGUAGGUGACAUAAAGGAGUUCUCGCCAACUAAUGAAGCACUUAAUUCUGACGCAGCUUCUGCUAAGGAAGCGAAAGUACUUGAUGCAGCUCCUGCUGAAAAGAACAAAGCUGCUGUUUCUAAAGAACCAACUGGGGAGUCGCUUGCGAGUAACUAG